GUGUUUAUUGAUUUUGGAAGCAAAGCUGCCCCAUACAGCCCGACAUCGAUUCGACCGCGAAGGCACCGAGGCACCGGGUUUGACAGCCGAUAUAAUCGGAGAGUCCAAUUCUCGAGGGAGAGGAGUUUUUGGCGAAAAGGGUGGAAACCUCGGCUGCCUCGGUGGAACGGAAGCCCGCGGCGCGGUUCCCGUCCGGUGAGCGAAUGUAAGGGGAGGUAUCGCGCGCUCCGUCCGGUGGUUGGGGAAAUACGCUCCGUUGCCCGAGCGUUUCGCGGUGUUUCGCGGCAGAGCGAGUCGGGAAGCAGAAUGCAGAACUAUGGACACGAGGAUUACGACUAUGGUAUGCCGGGCGAUGGGCAGCCGUCGAGCAGAGUCCUACCCCAGGUGCCGGGCGCCAGGCCGCUCGUGGACCCCCAGGCCGAGGGUGAGGUCGACCCCAGCAUGUAUCCCCAACCGAAGGAGGCCACGCACAAGAUUCGCGGUAAGAGCGACAUCCUGGAGUACCUCUUCGGCUCCGUCGAUCAGGAGCUCCUCACCGUAAAGACCUUCUACUUCUUCUUCUACUCGGCCUUCGGCUCCCUCUUUCCGCUUAUGGUGUACUUCAAGCAAAUGGGAAUGAAUGCGGGACAAUGCGGCCUUCUCAUCGGUCUCAGGCCGUUCAUCGAGUUCCUGAGCGCCCCUUUCUGGGGCUCCCUCGCCGACAGAUGGCAAAAAGGCAAACUCCUUCUACUAGCUUCCCUCUCCUGCUGGAUAUUUCACCUACCCCUGGGCUUCAUUCAGCCUCCACCCACCUCUUGUAUGAUUAGAAUAAACGACACUCCUUAUCUGGAGGCGUCCAACAGGGAACAAAGAAUUAAGAGAUCGACCGACCUGCAUGAAUUGUAUUAUCCUGAGAAUAGAGAGGAGUAUCUCGAGGUCGCGUCCAAUGUUGUCUUCGAAAGAUUACGACGUAACACGGACGAUAACGAGAUAUUAUUCGACUACACAAAGAAGCCGAGGAAAUUCGGUGCGUUCGAGAUACCCUAUGAUAUCGAGAGAAACGGAGUUGGGGAUUUCGACAACGACGGUUCCGCUAUAUACGAUUUGAAAAACAAUAGAGUUAGAAGACAAACGUCCGACAUGGAUAGGAGCGACGACGAAGAUCCUGACAAGAUGAGGACCGGAGGCAACGCCGACGACGCGAAUGCAAGAUCGAUUGACUUCGAAGCGUUGCAAAAAAAUCGUCCGGCCGAUGUGGAUGAGUACAAACGCUUCAUGAAGGCACUUGCCUUUUUAUGCUAUGUAUAUAAUAUAAAUAUUGAUAUGUCGUUGGUGAGGAAUCGCAGGAGCAUACGAACAUUUCACGGCCCCUUUGGACUUAAUCAAUUAUCUCCCUUAUCGGUUACUUAUGCCACGAAUUAUAACGAAAGAGAAAAUAAGGAAUGGGUGAAGCCGCUUUUUAGUUCCAUAGUUUACAGAUUACCGGAUAUCCAAAAAACAUUUUUCCUCCUGCUAUUGUUGGUCGUAGUCGGUGAAUUUUUUUCGGCACCUGCCAUAACGUUAGCUGAUUCAGCUGUUAUUACUUUACUUGGGGAAGACGCCGAUAGGUAUGGUCAUCAACGUAUGUUUGGAAGUCUUGGAUGGGGUUUGGCCAUGUUCUUCGUCGGAAUCGCUCUCGAUCAUAGCACCGCGUUUCCGGAUCAUCCUUGUAAACCUGACGAAAGAGAGAAAAACUACACGAUUUGUUUUGCAAUAUUUAGCGUUUUGAUGGGUGCCGCGUUAAUAACAGCAACGCAAAUUAAUUUCAAAUAUGACAUUGUUCCCGCUGAGCCGGAAGUGGUGAAACCAACCGAACCAACCCGGGAAGAACAACUCCAGAGUCAAUUAUCCCAGCAACUUAAUCUGCCUGGGUUGCAAGAUUCUUCCGCUGCUAUAGAUCCUAAACCUCAGCCUCCCGAAGGAAAGACCAAGAUGUUCGCUCAAACGAUGAAAGAAAUACCGGAGUGGGUGACGGUGCUAAAGCAAUUCAAGGACGUAAAAUGCGCGUCAUUUCUCUUCGUCGCGUGGUUCAUGGGAUUUGGCAUCGGAUUAAUCUUUACUUUCCUAUUCUGGCACCUUCAGGAUUACGGUGGUUCACCGACCCUCUUCGGCGUUGCGUCUGUGAUCAAUCAUAUUUCCGAGAUCUUCGCGUAUUUCUUCAGCUUCAAACUUAUUCGGCAGAUCGGGCACGUUAAGGUAUUGUGUCUCGGUCUGGGCGGAAAUGUACUCCGAUUCCUCUACAUAUCAUGGCUAAAAAAUCCAUGGUGGGUAUUGCCCUUCGAGUUCAUUCAGGGUAUUACGCACGCGGCAGUAUGGGCGGCAUGCUGCAGUUAUAUCGCUCAUAAUACCCCGUCGCAGCUGCGUUCGAGCGCGCAGGGUGUUCUUCAGGGACUUCAUCAUGGGCUUGGACGAGGUUGCGGUGCGGUGAUCGGUGGCAUGUUCGUCGCGGCUUACGGUACGACCGCGUCUUUCCGAGCGUACGGUCUCAUUUGCAUCGUCGUCCUGGCGAUCUUCGUCUUCAUCAAUUUCUACAGAAAGGAUACUGGCUUCGUAUCCGAACUGCCGCAGACGGAAGAUCCGCGUCAAGUAGCCGAGGCUACCCACUUGGCGCCGCAUGGUGUACCAAGCAACGCCAUACCGCGUGCUCUCAGUUCGACCCGCCUGCACGAACUGGCUAAUCAAGAUGCUGGCUACGGCGCGACGUAUCAGACCGCUGGUGGAAAUCUCGCGGUACCCGGUACUAACGGAGGCCCAGGCAACCUAACAAAUCCAUUCUUAAACGGCGGAGGUGGCGGCGAAGGUGGAUAUAAUUACGGUAUGACUGGCAAGGGGGAGGACGAGUAUAUUCGUAGGAGCUUCCAGAUCUACAGUGAAGUGGUGGGUAGAGAAUAUGAUGUCGUAAAACCAACUAUCCAACUACACGCCCAACAACCAUGCACCAAUCCCUUUCAUCAACACGACUACGACUGGUAACGACUCGAUCUGUCGACGCGUUCCUUACGACCGACGUACUGAAAUGUGAACGCUUGAGAAGACAUUACUGAACAGAUAAUAACCCGUAAAUAUAAUUACCCGUACAGAUAUGGCCCACGCACGUACACGUGAAUCCACGUGCGAAACAUUCGCGCAUACACACGUGAAACUAAUACGAUUUAUAAUCCCAUAAAUAAUUUAACUUCAUAUAGAUA